UCCAUCGCCAUACAACCAAUCCCCUUCCCCCCUCUCUCUCUUCUCGCUCUGCCUGAGCUUUUCUUCACCAAACAUAUUCUCCUUUCCCACCCAACACGUCCCAUUUCAGCUCAAAUGCAAUCAUAUUGAACCCACAUUCAAUCAUUCCAACCUCUCCUCUGCUUCUCUUUGCCACACCACCUUGCCUUUUUUUUCUUUUUUUUUUCAAGAAAAAGAAGCCCAAAACUUUCAACAAGUUGUGGUGACCUUUUAUUGCUAAAUCAUCAUCAAGUUUCAACAUAUCCCAAUUAGCACAAACUGCAUCUUUUUUUUUUUGUGUGUGUGUGCCUGUUUUGACUGUUUCUCCAUGGAGCAUGAGUUUUUUCUGAAUGCUGGAAUGCCCACUUGGCACUCUCUUUCAUCGGCCAUGGACAUUCAAGGGACCGACCAAUCUUCGGAUUGCUUGUUGAAUCCCAGCUGGGAAACGUCGGCGGAUCACGGUGUUCACUUCGAUUCAGCCCUGAGUUCAAUGGUGUCGUCGCCUGCAGCAUCAAACACCAACGUGCCUAACGACAGUUUUGUGAUCAGGGAGUUGAUAGGAAAGCUGGGAAACAUUGGUAACUCCGGUGAGAUCUCGCCGCAUUCUGGGCCCUUGUUGGGAAAUGCUACGAUUGCAGCAGCAACUUCUUACAACAGUGCCAACACUUCUGCUUACACCACUCCUUUGAAUUCUCCUCCUAAGCUAGGCGUGACCAUGAUCAAACACUUGGUGAACGAAAAAAGCUCACCCAAUUCGGGAAAACCAAUGCCUUUGAAUUCCAGUGUGGCAGAGUUCUCUGCUGACCCUGGAUUUGCUGAGAGGGCUGCCAGGUUCUCCCGCUUUGGCAGCAGGAGCUUCAAUGGUCGGACAACCCAAUUCGUCCCGAACAACGCUGAAGUCCCUUAUAAAUCCAAUCUCUUACACCGAGUUGCGAGUAGUCCUUCUCUGAAAGCAGUCGGAUCUCAAAUGGGUGCCCAGGAAAGCAACAAUUCUCCUGAACUGGCAAAUUCUCAAGAGGAAUCCACUGUCUCGGAACAAAUUCCCAACGGGGAGACAGGGUUAAAGGGUACCCACGAUUCGAAUUCCAGGAAAAGAAAAGCAGCUUCCAAGGGAAAAGCAAAGGAGCCUGCAUUAUCCCCAUUUGCAAAUGCUACAAAGGUUGCUGAAGCUAAUGAUAAUUCGAAUGCAAAGCGAUGCAAGCCCAGCGAGCCUGAUGGAAAUGAAAAUGGCCCUGUUAAAGCAGAGGAAACCAGAGGAAGUGCAGGGGAAGAGCAAGAUGCCAAGACUAACAACACAAAGCCUCCGGAGGCUCCUAAGGACUAUAUUCAUGUAAGAGCCAGAAGGGGUCAGGCUACUGACAGCCACAGUCUCGCUGAAAGAGUCCGAAGAGAGAAGAUCAGCGAAAGGAUGAAGCUUCUCCAAGAUCUUGUACCCGGUUGCAAUAAGGUCACCGGAAAAGCACUGAUGCUCGACGAAAUUAUCAACUACGUCCAGUCGUUGCAACGUCAAGUUGAGUUCCUCUCCAUGAAAUUGGCUUCUGUCAACACCAGGCUGGAUUUCAACUUGGAUAAUCUAAUCCACAAAGAUAUAUUUCAAUCAAACAACCUUUUGCAGCAUCCAAUAUUCCCAUUAGAUUCCUCGGCAUCAGCUUUUUAUGGUCAUCAGCCCCAGCAAAAUGAAGCACUGAAUGCCAAUAUUUCUAAUGGGACAGUGACCCAAUCCUCUGUGGACCCAUUGCAAUUGCCUCCACUCAAUGGAUUUAGCGACACUGUUUCUCAAUAUACAAUGUUCGGUGAAGAUGACCUGCAAACCAUUGUACAAAUGGGUUUUGGUAACCGGGAAACAGCAUUGCAGCCACAAAGCUUCCAUGGUGAGGAAAAAAUAAUGAGGAAAUCAGUUUUCCUUUGAAAGUUAGUCCAACCCACAAAAUUGUGAUCCAUGAUAAGCAUUCUUAUCAUGCAGGCGCACAUAUGAAAGUUGAGCUCUGAUUUCACUCAUCAAUUCAAGGCCACCCAGAGGGAAAACAGAGGCUUCUGUAUAUACAAGAGAUUUACUCCAAGCCAUUCAUCCUUAGGUCUAAUGAAGUGAACUUUUUUUUUCUUUUUUCUCUUGUCAAUGUGAUUUUGUUGUCUAAUUUUUUUUUAGGGUUCUUUUAAAUUAAAAAAAGAAGAAGAAGAAGAAGAAGAAUCCAGUGUAAAAUCCCAGAUCAGUUCUGUCUUCUGGUGCAAAAGUCUUAACAGCACCACAUGUAAGAUAACAAUUACAGUGCUAAUUAGUGAAGAGUUUUUUCCUACAGCUUUGUUGGCCAUUUUGUCUUACAGACAUUUAUUAUACCAACAGUGUAAGAAAUUUGGUGAUUAUUCUAAUUAAAUUAUAUUUGGGUCAUGUCAAUUUCAUACUA